CCCCCAAUCACCGGACCUGUCCGCAAAUUGACUGACCUAUUUCUUACAGCUCUGACUCCCAACUUUCUUCAAACUUUAACCCUUCAUCGCCACUAUGCGUCCCUUCGCUCUCUCUGCUGCCGUUUUUGCGGCCACGGCUCUCAGUCAAAACAAAGGGGAGAAAACGGAAUGCGCGGAUGGAUUGUACAUGAUUGCUGUACGGGGCACUGGUGAGGACAAGGGAUCUGGAAGAAUCGGUGAGAUCGCAGAGGAUGUUAGCAAACGCGUCAAUGGCUCAAUUGUCAGCCCUCUUGACUAUCCCGCAACUCUCCAGGAUCCCGACUACUUCGAUUCCGAGGAAGCCGGAGUCAAGGCCCUGUCUGCAGCCCUCGAUGACUAUCACAGCUCAUGCCCCAACGGUAAAAUUGCCGUAUUUGGCUACUCUCAGGGUGGACAAGUUGCAACUGAUGUAUUCUGCGGGGGAAGCGACAACAAGCCCUUGACCAUGAGUCUCGUCAAAGACAGCGUUGUUGCGGUCAUCGCGUUCGGCGACCCAAGCCACGUGGCAAACUUGACGUACGACAGGGGCACUAGUAAAAACGACGGAAUCUUCGAACGUCCCAGCAACGAGACAAAGUUGUGCGAGGACAACUACAGUGACAUCAUCCGCUCGUACUGUGACACAGGCGAUGUAUACUGUGACGUGGGUAAGAACAACGAGACCCAUGGUAGUUACUUUGAGAAGUACGGUAAAGAGGUGGUCGAUUUUGUCGUUGAGCGGUACGAGAAGGCGUUGAAAGACGAGAGUACAUCAACACAAACUAGCACAGCUGCUGCUACUGCCGAGACAAGUGGUUCCGCAACAGCCAGUGAUGCACCAUCGGCCACUACAGCUGCUCCGGGCAACGCUGCGGCGGGAUUGGUACCUGGUCUUGUCCUGGCUAUGAUACCCCUGGCUUUGGCCGUGUCAGAGUACCUUUGAUAGGAUCCCGUGACAGGGGAAAAUAUCUUGCUGCACUCUUAGUCCAAGUAUUGCUUGAAUUCGAUGAAGGUUCUGGGAAAGCUACUACUCUUGACUAAGUUUCGACCUCUGUAGCCAGCGAAUCAAGUCAGCACGACUCGAUCAAUUUCUAUAUCUUUUUGCCAUCCUGCCCUGACCCCAACCCCUGAGCUGGG